AGAGGAGGAGGAGGAGAGACGCUCCAGAGCAGGCGGACAGCUGAAGUGAAACCUCCACGAGCUGGAUCCAGGGAGAAGACGCAGAAACUUCCCGGGCUUCGUGCGUCUUUGCGCGGACAGUGAAGUGGAGCCGCUCUGAGAUGCCAGCCGCUGUUUGGAGGCGGGAUGGAACCAGGAGAGGAAGCUUUAUCUGCAGACGUCGCCUCUCCGGUGUGUUUAGCGGACAGUUAAUUGCUACCUGAAGACAGUAAAAGUAGCAGUUGUGGGAGCGUGGAGAGAAGAAGGUGUCAGCUUCACCACAAGCUGCCCGAGAGCCGGUGGAUGUUGCGCCAUGGAGAUAAAAGCGAGACUACGAGCCAUGCUGAUGUUCAUGUGGAUUUUUCAAGGUGACACCCAGAAGGUGGAAUUCCCCAAAAAAGAGAUGGAGGUGGUGAGGGGCCAGAUGGUGGUGUUACACGCCUGGUACAGCCCCAACUCGGACAUUUCCAAAAACACUGUGGUUUGGCACUUCAAGGGCAACGAGUCCAAGCAGGUGAUAAACUUUAGCUCAGGUGUGGUCGGGCACGGCCAGAAUGACUUCACCAAAAGAGUGGGCUUCAGUGUGGCCAUGCCCUCGGCCAACCUCUCCAUCUACAUCAACAAGACCCAGGAGUCAGACUCGGGCCUCUACUUCUGCAACGUCAUCAUCCCCGGAGCUCCUGGCCUUUCUGGGGAGAUGCGCCUUAAUGUCAAAGUCCCUCCUUCUCCCCCAGUGUGCACAAUGACUGGGAACCCGGUGGUGAAGGGCAACGUCACUCUAAGCUGCAAAUCCAGUCAUGGAAAACCCGCUCCGCAGUACAAAUGGACCAAGGCUGCACCCAUGUCAGAGGUCUUCUUCUCCCCAAUGCAGAAUGAGAGACAUGGCACCCUCAGGCUCAGCAACCUCACUAAAAGCAUGUCAGGGAAGUACAUCUGCCGGGCCAGCAACACUGCCGGCUCCGACAGCUGCUCCAUUAACCUAGAGGUUAUCACCUCUUCCAAUGCGGGCAUGAUCGCAGCAGCCACUCUGGGGUCAGUGGUGGGACUGGUGGCUAUGGUCCUCUUCCUUGUAUUCAUAUUGAGGAAGAGGCGGGACACUGAGGAGGAGAUAGCCAAUGAGAUCAAGGAAGAUGCUCAGGCACCAAAGCGAGUGUCGUGGGCAAAGAGCAACACUGGCUCCGACAUCGUGUCCAAGAACGGCACGUUAUCCUCCAUAGCCACCAGCCCUCGACCCCGAGACCCCCAUCAACCAAACUACCACUACCCGUACUCCCCCAUAUCCGCCUCAGACACGGGGUCGGUGAUCAACGCCUACCAGCUGCGGCCUGGAGAAGCCAACACGUUGCAGGGACUCCCGGGUUACAACAUCGGGGGAACUCCUUCACGGAAACACAAGCGGCCUCCCAGUACGAACGGAGCGCCUCCGCAGCUUCUCAGGAGCCCUGCAGUCGCCAACCCCAAAAGGACUGAAGGGGCUCAGCCUCAGGUGCCACCUCCACUCACUGUGUCCCCACCAGUCAGCUCCAACACUCUGACACGCAUGGGAGCUGUUGCUGUCAUGGUGCCUGCUCAGAGCCAAGCCGGCUCACUGGUGUAGCCGACAGGAACAUCUCUGGCGGGAAAUAAAGGACACACACACACACAGAGAGAGAGAGUUUGCCUUGAAGUGGAAAAGCACUUUCUCCAUGAAGACCUGAGAGGUUGUGAGAGAAGAAUAAACAUCUCUCAGGCCGUUUGUGCUUCAUUUUGCGCAAACUCUCCCUUCGGUUUGUUAAUUGACUCAGUGCAGUGUUUUUCAUUUCAGUUUCUUUUUGUAUUCAGGCUCACUGAAGAUGAAUAUAUUUUUAUUUAACGCUUAGAAAUGACCUUGGAAAUAGCAACCAAACAGUGUGAAGACUUUUAGGCAGCAGUCAGUCAGGAUGUUGUAAACCUUAAAAACACGCCGGUUUACUCAAAUACGUUUUAGCUACAUUUGUAUGAUUUGUAUGAUAACCUUAAUUAUAAACGCAUUUUUAUGACUUUAUUUUUAUUUUACUUUUCCCGGCUGCGUAAGGACCACUUUUCUCAGGCAAACUGCACUCAUUAGAGCCAAAAAAACAUCAACAAACAAAAAACACAAUUCAGGUACUGCACAUAGUUUCAGAUGUUUCACUUUUUUGACCCACAUUUACUCCUUGUUCACUUAAAGAAUAGUUUUAUUUAAUCUGCUGUAACAGUGUCAGUAUGGUUUCAUGUCUACUGAGAGUACAUGCUUUGAGUAUUUUGCCUGUUAUGGUAGCUGGAAUGUAACCAAAAUAGAGAGUAUAACAUUGUUGGUGAUUUCUGAGUAUUCUGUUUAAAGGUACGUGGUGUAAGUUGAUGACUGCAAACAUAUGAGGCCAGUAAUCGGGGAGAUUGGUCAAGAAAACAACCCAGCAGGUUUUCCCCAGUAUUUGACCAGUAUUUCUUAUUAUGGACUUGCUUGUUUUCUUGUAAUUAUACUGACCUCUGGAAAUAUUGUUGCAGUGAUUCGUUGGUGUGGAAAGACUACAUGUAGCACUUUUAUAGGAGUUCUGAUUGUUGACAGUUCCUUUUCAGUAAAGUAUUCUGGAGUGUUCGACUGAAUAAUAAACAGUAUAUUUCCAAGCUUA